UUCUUUUAGCGAACAUCUCUAAAAAAAAUUUCAAAAAUGCCAAAAAUAUUACUUUUUAUCGCCUUUUCAACAUUUUACAUAACUUACGUAAAUUCUCAUGGAAUGCUCAUGGAUCCCGUUAAUCGCGCUUCUCGAUGGCGUUUCAACGAGAGUGCUCCAAAAAAUUACGACGAUGCCGGUCUCUGGUGCGGUGGCUUCCAAAUUCAACAUCAAGUUCACGACGGAAAAUGUGGAAUGUGCGGCGAUAGUUAUGGCGCUGCAACUCCUCGAAAGCACGAACUUGGAGGUGUGUUCGGGGAAGGUGUCAUUGUGAAAAAAUACGAAGCAGAUCAAGUGGUUACGGUAACUGUUAAAGUUACAGUCAAUCAUUUGGGACACUUUUACUUUGAUUUAUGCAAUUUAGACGAAAGUGGCGUGGAAACGGAAGAAUGUUUCACUGAACUUUUAACUGCCGAUGGACACAGAAAUUGGGUUGUUCCAUCACCGCUAGCGAAAGAUUAUGAAGUCGCAUUGAAGCUGCCAAAGGAAAGUUGUCGACAUUGUGUCAUGCGAUGGACUUAUGUGGCAGGAAAUAAUUGGGGAAUAUGCGAAGAUGGUACAGGAGCUCUUGGAUGUGGACCUCAGGAACAUUUUCGAACGUGCUCUGAUAUCGAAAUUGUUGAAAAAUGGGACGAUGAAAUUCCCGAAUCUUCUGAAACGAAUGAAAUUUAAUCUAAUUUACCAUUAAAUAGUCAAUAAAUAUUAACAAAGAUAAC